CCUCAAGUCGACUCCUCCCUCCCCCCGCUGCACAUUCAACCAAUCUCUCCCAUACAACUCCUUUACACUUCUCCUCUCUAACACAAGAAAAAAUGUACGCUCGCCGCAUCGUCUCCGUGUCGAGGCCUCUGGCUUCGAUCAAGACCGUCAAGAUCCCCGCCGCGUUCGUUCAGAGGGCUCUCUUGUCGAACGGGCCUAUUCGCAACGAUCCGACCCCGACCGCACCCAAGAGCUCCCAGAGCUCUGUCGACGCGAAGAAGAUCUCGAGUCUGAUCUCGGACAUCAAGGCUUCGGCUACUCCCAAGAUGGCUCAGACAAUCACCCCCACUUUGUCUAAGUUCACCUUGAACGACAAGGUUGCCGUUGUUACUGGUGGCGCUCGUGGCCUCGGAAACAGCAUCGCCGACGCUCUCUGUGACGUCAAUCUCAAAGCUCUCGUCAUCUUCGAUGUCCUCAAGCAACACGGAGACGAGGCGGUCAUCGAACUGACAAAGAAGUUCAACAUCCCGGUUGUCUUCCACCAAGUGGAUGUUCGCCAGAAAGAUUCUGUUCAAGCCGCAGUCGAUGCUACCGUUAGCGAGUUCGGCAAGAUUGACAUUUUGGUCGCCGCAGCUGGUAUCGCCGAUUCCAACCUUCCUGCUGAGGGCUACGAUGUCGAGAUGUUCCGUCGUCUUAUCGACAUCAACCUCACCGGUACCUUCGUCUGUGCGCAGGCGGUUGGCAACACGAUGAUCAAGGCCAAUUCUCCAGGUUCCAUGAUCUUCAUCGCCUCCAUGUCCGGACAUAUCGUGAAUUGGCCACAGCAGCAGUCGUGUUACAACGCAUCGAAAGCGGCUGUGAUCAUGCUUUCAAAAUCGCUCGCAGCGGAGUGGGCUCGUUACAACAUCCGGGUCAACUCGAUCUCGCCUGGAUACAUGGACACCGCCCUGAACCGCGUACCCGCUCUUGACGCGCAGAAGAAACUCUGGAAGGAGCGCACCCCCAUGAACCGUCUGGGCAACGUCGACGAGCUUAACAAUCUGGCUGUUUUCAUGGCUUCGGAUGCCUCCACCUACAUGACGGGCACUGAUGUUAUCAUCGACGGUGGAUACUGCACUUGGUAGACGGAUCGGAGACGCGACGACCACAUUAGACGGAGUUUGGGUCAUGGUGUUUUUUUGUCGGACUUUCACAAGUUUAAUGGUUGUUUUUCUGGGUCUUCUUAAAAAGCGCGGAUUCCUGAUGCUGGUUUUUUCUUCAUCUUUACUUUUCUGGGGCACGGUUUCGGGGCAUGGCUGUUUUUUUCCUUUUCUUUUCCUUUGUUCUGCGCGUCGUACACCUUAGAUUCUACUACACAUUGUACAUCACGAUCUGGAUGGUUCUCGCGAAUAAUACCAGCAAACAAGCUUC